CAUUAUUUUCCCUACAGUAGUCAGUCAGUCAGAAAAAAACCCUGAAUCAAAUAACAUUUUACACAUGCUUCGUAAACAACAGUGAAAUGCUUACUUACGGGCCCUUCCCAACAACACAGAGAGAAAAAUAGAAAACGAAUAGACCCCUGCCUCCACAGUGCCCCUGUUGAGAUAAAGUCACACUACUCCACAUAAUCAUUUCCCAGAAAGUAUCAUAAUUAACCAGUGUAAUCUCUCUUUGGCUAUUCCCAUAUAGUGUACUAUUUUACUAGAGCUACAUUACAGUGUGUGGAAAAGUUCAUAUUUGAGUCGGGUGUCAUUUGAAAUGUGCCCCUUGGCACCACCAGGCCACCAUCACUGUGAAAUCUUCACAGACCAUAGAGGACACACAAUGGAUGUGGAUGCAAUGAUUAUAUGUUAGAGGUGGUUGUCUUUUCUGAUCAAUGAAUGUUAAAAUGACAUUUUUACAAUUAUCUUGAUUGAUUGAUAAAUAAUGAUGUUUCCUUGAUGUCACCUCUAAUGGAAUAAUAAUUUAUUGAGAGGGACAACCUGCUGUGAAACCACUUUCGAUUUCCCUGCAAACGCAAAAUCCCAACUGUUUUUGUCCCAUUAUCUUUGCCGUAGUUUGGAGUCCGGAAACAUUCUGAAUUAGAAACGAAAAAAGUUUUUAGACAAGCGUAAGCAACUCAAGAUUCAUCUUUCGUUUUGUCAUCGAUAGUUAUUUGUGAAUACAUUUGAUGAUUUGAAGUAGUUUUACUGUGAUGCCUCUGGAAUUGCGUGAGAUGUCAUCACUUACUUAACCUUACGACGCAGCGCAACUAAGUAGCUAGUUACUAGCCAUUAUUGUUGUGCUAUGGCGUUCUUGUGCUAUUUGCUAGUCAUUCUUGUGCUAUUGACAGAAGCACGUAGCUAGCGCUUGCUGACUGUCUUUAAUCUUCUGUCAAUAGCAACUGGUGAGUGUCAACGUUUAUUGCUGUGAUAAUUAAAACGGUUUGUUUACUUGCUUGUCAUCCAGCAAACAUAUGACAGCUACAUUAGGAUGAUUGUUGUUGAUGAUAAUUAAUGUAAACAUUUUUCACAUUCACAAAAUAUGUUCUCCUUUCACAGUGGCUGAAUAGUCUUUCAUCGAUCUCAUCCAUAAUGUUGCCUAACUUCAAGUGCCCCAGUCUGUUACAAAACCUACGCAAGCUUGCUACUGUCAGUGACAUACCUGAUCAUUGACUCAUGAGUCCCCUCAAUUGAAUGUUCAGGAGGAGCUGUUACAGCCUCAGCCACUGUCUCUACGCAGCCAUGUCACGCCUGGAGCCGGAAGAAGAGAGCGGGCCUGCGCCCGGCGGGGAGGUGUACAUGUGGUCGUUGGUGCGUUGCCUGGGUUACCUGUCCAGUUUCAACCUGAUGGUGGCAGUAUGCCUGGGCCUGUACGUGCGCUGGGAGCAGACUGAUGAGCCCAUGAUCCUUGUUAUCUUCAUCCUGGGUCUCUUUGUCCUGGGCAUCGCCAGCAUCCUUUACUACUACUUCUCCAUGGAGGGGGCCAGUCUCAGCCUCUUCCACCUGUGGUUUAGCUUCCUUCUGGGCCUCCUGUGCUUCCUCAAUAGUCCCUCGCUGGAGGAGAAUGUGAAGGAGCAGGCUACUAACUACCUGCUGCUGGCUAGUGUGGCUUUGAGGACAGUGUGGGCCUUAACAGGUAGGAUAAUGGGCUGCGUUCACUAUAAACCCACCCUGCUCUCGUCCGAGGAGCUCCUAGAACUCCUUGGCUUUGGCAUUGCCAGCACCACCAUGCUGUGGCACAAAUCUAUGGCCUUCAUUGCCCUAGUGGUGGCACUGGGGGCUCUGAUCGUGGGCCUGCGUGUCAAGUCCCUCCUAGCCCUGCCCAACUUGGCCUGCUUCACCCUGGUCACCUCCCUGCUGUUUUUCAAGGCCGUGGGGAUAACCACCAACCCCUUCGCCCUGGGCUGCUACCUGGGCCGUCUGAUCUGUGAACCCCUCUUGGACGUCUACUUCAGCAGCCUAGGGGCCACCGAGCGCUGGCUGCCCCUGCUUUCCUGGGGACGUGUCUGGUGUCGACUCUCCCUGCUCCCCCUGGGGCUUGUGGAGAUGGCCUUCUUCGUCCUAUCCGCUCUAAAGAUGAGCCAUCUAGAACUGUGGUACCUGGUGAUCCCUGGAUUCUGUGUGUUUGGCCUGUUCUGGACAGUCUGCCACGUGGUGCUGCUGAUCACACUGUGGGGCUUCCACACCAAGCUGAGUGACUGUCAGAAGGCACGCUCGGUCCAGCAGUCAGAGUCACGAAGCCUGGACCGGGUCAUGGCCUCGCGGGGGAUGAGACACUUCUGCCUGAUCUCUGAACGCCUGGUCUUCUUCAGCCUGGCGUCCACAGCCAUUCUGGCAGCUGUGUCCUGGCAGCCCUCCAAUGGUGUGUUCAUGAGUGUGUUCCUGGUGGUCCUCCCUCUGGAGUCUCUGGUCCACGGGCUCUUCCAUGAGCUGGGCAGCUGCCUGGGGGGCACAUCUGUGGGCUACGCUGUGGUCGUCCCUACCAGCUACAGCAGGCCAGAUGGCCAGCCCACCCUCCUACCUCCGGUCCAGGUGCAGGAGCUGAACGUGCUCUCCACGGGCAUGUUGAACAGCGUGCAGCGCCUCUUCUCCCACCACAUGAUUGAGACGUUUGGCUGUGACUACUCCACCAGCGGGGUGACUUUGGAGGCCCUGCAGGCCAAGCUCAAGGCCUUCCUGGAGCUUCGCACGGCCGACGGGCCCCGCCAUGAUACAUACGUGGUGUUCUACAGCGGGCAUACGCAGCGCACCGGGGCCUGGGCACUGGCAGGAGGAGACUCCCUGCGUCUGGAGCAGCUGCUGGAGUGGUGGAAGGAGAAGAACAGCGGCUUCACCUCCCGUCUCAUCCUGGUCCUGGACACAGAGAACUCCAUGCCCUGGGUAAAGGAGGUCCGCAGGAUGGAGGGAGUCUACGUGGCCGUGCAAGGGGCCAAGCUUGCCCCCGCUGGCGACAUCGAAGGCGGGGUCGCCCCCCGCCUUGGGGACUUCACCUCGGAGUGGGUGGAGUUCAACUGCAACCCGGACAGCGCCACCCAGUGGUCGGAGAAGGGCAGGAUGGUGGCGGCGGCCUACGGCGUGUCGAAACACUGGAGCGACUACACGCUCCAUCUUCCCACGGGGAGCGACGUGGCCAAGCACUGGAAGACCCACUUCCCCCAGGCUACCUAUCCUCUGGUGCACCUAUCCAACUGGUGCUGUGGGCUCAACCUCCUCUGGAUGUGUGGAGUGUGUCUGAGGUGCUUUAGGCGACUCAAACUGGGCUGGUUCCCUCCCAAUAUACUGGACACGGGACAGGGCAUCAAACUGGUCCACUCAUAGACUGACUGAGCUGUAUGUCUACCUGGGAGAUCACUUGCCUGACCACUCACCCUGAAUUGAACUCCUCUGCUCUAUCAAUCGCUACAUACAGUCAGUCUGAAACUGCCAUCCUAGAAGUUGUUUGUGUGACUUCAAAACAAAUUAAUCAGUGAUUGGUUAGAUUCGUUACAGACAAUCCAAUCAGAGAAUCCAAGUUGAUAACGUCAUCAGGUAGGCAGGCUCUGGCCCAACCCAUCAGUUUCUGGGACCAAUCAGAUUGGUCAGAUUGUGUUCGCAUUCUAGAAAUCGUCGGGGAGGGAGGCAACUCCAGACUUCUAGAAACGUCAGUUGGCCGGAGCAAUGUUGAUGAGUAGCCAGGCAAGGAAAUCACAAUGGAGUUUCAGCAGGUAGCCUAGUGGUUAAGAGUGUUGAGUAAGUAACCGAAUAACCGAAAUGUUGUUGGCUCAAAUCCCCGAGCCGACUAGGUGAAUAAUCUGUCAAUGUGCCCUUGAGCAAGGCACUUAACCCCAAUUGCUCCUGUAAGUCGCUCUGGAUAAGAGCGUCUGCUAAAUGACUAAAAUGUAAAUGUGUUGACAAUCAUCAGUAUCUAUGGUAAGUCAUGUGUAGACAAUCACCAAUAGUACAUGUGGUAAAGUGGUCACCACAAUAGGCCUGCUUUCUAUGGUAAAGCUAUAUCCAUCACCGCAAUCAGUCUUAUCGCCAUGCUAGCAUGGGCCUUGUAUCUAAUGGUACAAGUAGACAAUCUCCACAAUAUUCUGUGAAUCUAUGGUUUACUGACAUCCACCCUGUGUGCCUUGUGUUACUUUGUAGAUGUAAUAUAUCAUUAUAUAUCAUUAUUUCGUACGUGUUUUUUUUGGGAAGAUAUUUGUGAUUGUUUGUCAUGUUUAUUUCCUCUUUGGAAACUGAUAGUGUACAGGGUUUACCAUUUAAAAUGUCUAGCCAAAGAUUUUGGGACAAUUUUCAAGAGUCUUGGCCAGUGUCUUGCCUUGCGUUUGGUGUUGGUUUCUAUUGACUAUUUACAAUUAUGAGAUGAAAGCCUUAUUACCUUAUUUCAGCACCACAUUCUGUUCUAUUAGAUGGAUCACAACAAAAUGUGGUUAAUUCAUUGAUUCGUUUUUUUAAACAUGAAUUUAGUAAAUGUGCUGCGUCAGUGUGAGGAGGAUGAGGAAGUGUUGACAAUUGGUCAGCCUGACGGGAUCUAUAUAGCUGCAGGGAUAUACAGUACACAGCUCCCUGCCUGGCGCCAGUUUGCCGCAGUUGUUUUGGCGUCGAAUCCACUGUAAAAACAAUGACUCACCACUUGUAGCCUAUCAUUGCAUCAUAAACCGUUCACUGUGCCCUCAUUGGUUUCGAUGGCCAUGGUGACCCAUGUUGGCCGACCUUUCUGCUUCAUUUGGUGCUUGUCUUGUCAUCUCUGUGAUGCUGCCUUUCUGACACACUGUGAUGUUUAGGCUAAAAAGGUCAAAUUGGAUUAUUCUACAAAAGAAAUGAAAGCCAAGCCUUUUGUCUCGCUAUAUCUUUGUUGUCCUGAUUUGAACCAAUGUGACGCCUUAUCUCGGAUUAUGCUGGAAUAAUAAAGUGAAUAUGUAGAAAGUUGUAUACAUGUGCUGAUCACGUAUAUAUUGAAAUGAAUUGCGUUUUGUCAAAAACCCUGUGCAGCUCAGCAACAUUCUAGUAUCUACCUGGACAUUGAAAUGGGAAGUUUACCCCAGAGAUUAAGAGUCACUCAGUUUAGUUUGGAAAGCAGAGUCAAUGGGUUCAAUUGGGGCCCAAUCGCCUCUACAUAAUUGCUUGUCUCUCAGUUGUGCUUUGAGAGGAUAGGAUGGGUAGAGAGAGGAGGAAGAGAAGGAUACAUAGAGACAAAAUCAUGAAAUAGCCUAGCCAUCCGUUCAACACCAGGAAAUUCAACACCAGGAACACAUUGAGUCAAUAAUAAAUGAGUCACUAUUUUGUAUCAGUUAACUGGAAAGGUCACAACAAACACACGUACAAAGUAAAAGUCUGCUACCAGCUCCUCCAGGGUGGUCCCUUCAGUCCUCUUAUAUAGUGCCACCCAAAAAACCUACAUAGCCAUGGUUCAUGGUGUUUGUUCCUGCAGGUGACUGGCUGUUAUCGUGCAGGCUGUGCCUCAUCUGUACAGAGUGGGCAAUUUGGGCCCGUCAGAAAAUGUUUUCCUAAUACAAAUCAAAUCAAAUGUUAUUAGUCACAUGCGCCGAAUACAACAGGUGUAGUAGACCUUAGUGAAAUGCUUGCUUACGAGCCCGUAACCAACAAUGCAGUUUAAAAAAAAAAUACAGAGUAAGAAAUAAAAGUAACAAGUAAUUAAAGAGCAGCGGUAAAAUAACAAUAGCGAGACUAUAUACAGGGGGUUACCGGUACAGAGUCAAUGUGUGAGGGCACCGGUUAGUUGAGGUAAUAUGUACAUGUAGGUAGAGUUAUUAAAGAGACUAUGCAUAGAUGAUAACAACAGAGAGUAUCAGCGGUGUAAAAGAGGGGGAGGGAAGGGGCAACGCAAAUAGUCUGGGUAGACAUUUGAUUAGAUGUUCAGGAGUCUUAUGGCUUGGGGGUUGAAGCUGUUUAGAAGCCUCUUGGACCUAGACUUGGCGCUCCGUGCCGCUUGCCGUGCGGUAGCAGAGAGAAAAGUCUAUGACUAGGGUGGCUGGAGUCUUUGACAAUUUUUAGGGCCUUCCUCAGGCAAAAUGAUGUGCGUGAGUGGUGCCAAGACUCUCUCUCUCCUUAGUGGGGAUCAAAUGUGCCAGAUCAGCUCGGCACAGGGCUGACAGACCGCCAAACCCCCCCCCCCCCCCUCAUUCUGAGAACGCUCCAGAACAAAAGAAGCCUACAACUAAGAUGGACAUUGUGACCUCUGGUGGACAACCAGAGACUUACAUCAAACUACUCCCCAUAGACAGAUCGAGUUGUUUCAGCAGAGAGACGACAGAGAAAGACAUCUACAUGUAAAUAUAUGUUGCAUUACUAAUCCGAAUGAGCGGUUAUUAAGGUACUAAAUAUUCAUAUUUACGGUGAGCCUAGUUUCCAAAUGUAUGUAGGAUAAGUCCACUCUUUGUCUCCAUCUACAUUUUUAUCUUUCCCCACCUUUCCAUUGUGUAACAAGCCAUCAUAUCGGGUUAGUCCACUAGGGACUGUUUUCUUUGCAUUAUGUUAGUAAUCAAUAACCUAUACCGUGUGUGUUUCUGUGUGAUUAUUUAGUUAGUAAAUAAAUAAUUAAGCCAA